AUGUCGGCGCACUCUCCGCCCACGCCGCUUCCGCACCCGCACCCCCCCAAGCGCGCCCGACAGUCUUCUCCCGAGCGUGACUCGCCAAAUUCGGGCCCUUCAGCCGCCGGCGCAACCUCGCCCAACACCGUUGAGACGCCAAUCGACGGCUCCGGAGCCCAGGGCUCAUCCAAGGUUGGCCAGAGCAGCAAUUUCCGCAACGUAAGCGCCUGCAAUCGGUGUCGUUUGCGGAAGAACCGAUGCGAUCAGAACCUGCCGAGUUGCGUCAGCUGCGAAAAGGCAAAGGUCGCAUGCGUGGGCUACGAUCCAAUCACCAAGAAGGAGAUUCCUCGAAGCUAUGUCUACUACCUCGAGACCAGAGUAGGCCAGCUCGAAGCUUUGCUCAAGGCCAACAAUAUCCAAUUUCCGCCCGCCGAGAACCUAGAGUACUGUUCACGGGCUGGCGCAGAAGGCGCAGCCGAUAACGCGCCCAAGGACAGCAGCCACCACUCACCGAGCGUUGCGAACCGACCCGGGCCUUCGAGGUCGCAUCACAAUGGAGACGAGCAGGCCAGGUCGAAUAAGGGCGCCAGACCGGGCCCGGGCUCCGGAGGCAGGUCCCUCGGCUCGACCAAUGGAAUUUCCUUUGCUCGCGUCGUCUAUGCUGCCGUACAGUCGACCGUCAGCGACCACAAGUCGCAUUCCGAAAGGGGCGGCGUGAAGCCUUAUACCAAGUCAACGACCAGCAACAGCGCCGCUGCCUCGGGGACGUCGAUGCGGGAUUCCUUCUUUGGACUGCAUACAAAGCCCACCAUCAACCCGGCUGAAUUCCCCGACAAGGACCGGGCGUUGCACCUAGUCAACAUUUAUUUCGAGCAUGCCAACCCACAAAUACCGGUCUUGCAUCGCGUCGAGUUUAUGCAAAUGUUUGAGCUGGCAUACGCGACCGAAGGCAGGAUACGUGGGCCCAGAGAGCUGUACAUGCUCAACAUGGUCUUUGCCAUUGGAAAGGGCAUCUUUCAGACGGCAUCUUCAAAGAAUUCCGAAGGGCCGCGCUCGUCAAAGGAGACACAGCCAGAGGAAUAUCAUGCCAGCGCCAUUGUGCACUUGGAGGCUUGCCUCAGUAGCAGUGGCGGCGGGCUUGAAGAGCUACAAGCCGUGCUUUUGCUGGCCAACUUUGCCUUGCUCCGUCCGGUUCCACCUGGAUUAUGGUACAUUGUUGGCGUGGCUGUACGUCUUGCCGUUGACUUGGGAUUGUAUCUCGAGGACGGCAAAGAGCUACCCAGUCUCCCCGAUGCUGAUCCGACCGUGGAUCCUCAGCUACAAGACGCGCACAUUAGACAGAGAGGCAGACGCGAGUACGUGCGCGACUUGCGAAGACGGCUCUGGUGGAGUACCUAUUCGUUGGAUAGACUGGUCAGCACCUGUGUCGGCAGACCGGUUGGCGUCUCUGAUCAAGUAGUCACGACUGAAUUUCCCACCCUUCUCGAAGACCGGUACAUCACCCCAUCUGGUUUUACUAGGCAAAAUCCGCCAAAUGAGCCAACUUACAAGGUCGUGGCCUAUCAUUACUUCCGAUUGCGUCUUCUCCAGUCCGAAAUCUUGCAAGUUCUACAGUUUCAGCAGACGCAACUAGCGAGAGCAGGCGGACAGAAUCGGCACAAUGCAUAUAUACACACACAGCUGCCGUCUCCAUUCCUGAGCAGGUUUGAUUCCUUUAGGUCUUGGCGGAUGGACAUUGAUAGACGUUUAUACGACUGGAAGAACUCGGCACCAACGCAAGAGGAAUCUGGGGUAGAGUUUUCGACCGAAUUCUUUGAUCUCAAUUAUUGGCAGGCGGUCAUACUCCUUUACCGGCAGAGCCUGGAAGUGCCCGAGAUGUUCGAGGCCGAAUACAACACUUCGAAGGAAGUGAACAGCCCCUCUCUGUACCCUCCCGAAACGACAGGAGACGAGGAGCGGGUGUACAUGAAGGUUGCUGAAGCCGGGCAGAAAAUCAUUCGCAUCUACAGACAACUCCAUGUUGUGGGCUUGGUAAACUUUACCUAUCUGGCCACACAUCAUUUGUUCAUGGCUGGAAUUUCGUACCUAUAUGCCAUUUGGCAUUCCCCGUUGGUGCGAAGCCGCCUGAGCAUGGACGAAGUUGAUUUCACAAUACUAGCAGCUACAUCAGUAUUUACUGAUCUUAUCGAAAAAUGUCCACCAGCAGAGGCCUGCAGAGAUGCUUUUGAACGUACAGCCAAGGCAACGGUUAAAAUGUCAAAGCAGACUGGCGGGUUCGGACAGGCGCCGGUGAGAGCGAAUUCCGGAAGAGGAAAUCAUGACUACCUGUCGGCACGCGAUGCCUCGGCCAAUCGUCAGCGACAUCAACCAAGGUUAUCCAUGGAUCAAACCGGGCCACGAGCGCCGCACUCGACGUAUGACAUGAGCGGCGGCGACGGCUUUGCAAUGAAUCGUCGCUCGAGCCACGUGCCACCAAUUCAGACGGGUCCUUUUGCGCUCUCCAUGCCGAAUAUCAAGACGGAGAGGGAUGGUUAUUCAAUGGUACGCGGAAUGCCUGGGUCGAGACCAAACGUAGGUGGCCUUCAGGAGGAGCCCGAUACUUCGGCCAUUGAUCCGUCAUUGCUCCCUUCACCCAGCGCCGCCCAACAGGCGGGGCAAUCUCCCAUUUCGGUCAACAGCUUGACACCAGCCUCAGGCAACGCUGCCGGAUCGAACGUCAAUUACAUGCGGUCACCGACGGCAAUGAACACACCAGGGCAGCUCAGCUAUUCGGGGUUGCAAGAGAUGGAAUUCCUACAAGGGUUGCAGAACAAUGCAGGUAUGGAAGACCAAUUAUCUGGUGAAGGACAAUUGGACCUUAGCGGGCUUGGAUUUGGAUUCGAGGGCAUGCAUCAUGAUUUUAACGAUGGUCAACAAGUCGAUCUACUGGAUGGGUUUUGGUUUGGCGGGCAACAGAAUGGCGGGGGUGGGGCGGGUAUGCCAUAG